CAUUGCACCUCUUCAGCAGCCUGUCCCCGAGCCAAAAUACAAUCGUCAUAUAUAUAUAUACACACACACACACACACACACAACACACACAACGGGGGACACAAUGUGCAUGCCGUUGGCCGUGAUCAUCCCCUUGUUAUUCAGCCCAAUGGUGUGGAGUGGAUACCUGGAAUAUGACCAAAAUGUCUUGGUGCCUGGGGACUGGACUCGUGUUGGGCGGCUUAGACCAACCGAGAAGCUUGAGCUGACCUUUGCACUCUUGCAGCAGAAUGUUGACGUGUUGGAGGAGACACUCAAAGUGGUGUCUGACCCAGACUCGCCACAGUAUGGUAAAUACCUCCAGCUCGAGGAGGUGGCCUCCCUUGUGCGUCCGUCCGACGCGUCCCAAAAGGUGGUGCACAGCUGGCUGCAGAGUCAUGGCGUCACAAACUGCUUGACGGUUCACACUCAGGACUUUUUGCAGUGCACCUUGACUGCAGAGGUUGCGGAGACACUGCUCCCGGGCAGCAGGUUCCAGCGUUACGUCCGAGACGGUCACUCCAUCGUGAGGUCCUCUGCUCCCUACUCUGUUCCCAAUGAUGUUGCCCAACACCUAGAUUUUGUGGGAGGGCUUCACCGCUUCCCUCCUAGAGGACACAAGCCCAGCAUGGCCUCAUCCAACUCAAAGGAGAUGCACCGUAGCAAUGGUUUUCAUUUGGGAGUGACUCCUGCCGUUUUAAGAGCCUGUUACAAUAUGACUGUAACUGAUGUGGGAUCAGCUCAGAACAACAGCCAGGCUGUAGCACAGUUCUUGGAGCAGUACUACAGCCCUGCGGAUCUGGCGGAGUUCAUGAGCCUUUAUGGCGGCGGCUUCCAGCAUCUAUCCAAGGUGGAUCGUGUUGUGGGGACGCAGGGCACUGGAAAGGUCGGUAUAGAGGCCAGUCUGGACGUGGAGUACAUCAUGAGCACGGGGGCCAACAUCCCCACGUGGGUCUUCACUAAUCCAGGUCGUCACGAGUCCCAGGAGCCGUUCCUCCAGUGGGUGGUCCUGCUCAGCAACAUGUCUGACCUGCCUUGGGUCCACACCAUCAGCUAUGGGGACGACGAGGACAGUCUGUCCACCGCCUACAUGCAGCGCAUCAACACCGAGUUUAUGAAGGCCGGCGUCAGGGGCCUCUCGUUACUUUUUGCUUCUGGUGACAGCGGUGCUGGCUGUUGGCACAUGGCUAAACAGCAAAACUCCUUCAGGCCCAGUUUUCCCGCCUCAAGCCCUUACGUGACCACAGUGGGUGGAACCUCGUUCAAGAACCCUUUCAAGUUGACUUAUGAAGUAACGGAUUACAUCAGUGGAGGGGGCUUCAGUAAUGUCUUCCAGAUGCCUAACUACCAAGCCAGCGCUGUGGCCGGAUAUCUGAAGACUGUAGCGGCAACCCUCCCUCCUAAAUCGUACUUCAACGUCAGCGGAAGAGCAUAUCCAGACAUUGCAGCUCUGUCGGAUAACUACUGGGUGGUCAUUAACAGAGUGCCCGUGCCUUGGGUGUCUGGGACAUCGGCAUCAACCCCGGUGGUUGGUGGGAUGUUUUCUCUAAUCAAUGAUAAACGUCUGACGAAGGGCCUUCCCGUCCUUGGCUUCCUCAACCCUCGCCUCUACAAGCUCAAGGGACAGGCCCUGUUUGAUGUGACUGAAGGAUGUCACCUGGGCUGCUUUGACGAGCAGGUUCAGGGUCAAGGAUUCUGUGCUGCACCAUCGUGGGACCCGGUGACAGGCUGGGGAACUCCAAACUACCCUGCACUACUGGCUGCCCUCCUAGCCUAGUGGAAGUCAGUCAGUCAGUCUCCACUCUUGACAGGUACCAAACAUCUUCACAGCCAGUGUGGUUGGCUGCCAACGCUGUGGGAUUUUAUUCAGUUAUUCUUUUAACGUAUCAUUGAUUUACUCAGGUCUGCAGGGAGGUUAUAAAGGCUGUGUUAGAACGUUGUUUUUUUUUUUAACCUUGGUUUGAAUUUUUUCCACAGCCCCACUGCACUUAGUUUACCUAAUCCGUGUAUCAUUUGUUCCUUCCAUUUCCACGUGUCAAUCAAAAAAAAAGUCAGAUUAUUUUGUUUUUUAAUCCAACACAGAAACAACAGAUUUUUCAUUUCAAUUUUAAGCUCUGAUCAAAAUGGAAAGAAUGCACUGAUUUUUCUGUUCCUGCUUUACACACUUGUAACUGACCCACAUUUUUGUGCCAAUUUUAUAAGCAGAUGAGCAGUGUGAGGUGUACUUAAAGGGGUCACUAUGCUUAAAUAUGCGGAUAUACUCAUAUUUUUGCCAUAUAACGGAUGCUAAAAUCUUUUCACAUUUUUGCACACUAAAAAUCUGUCAUGUGAUCCGGUUAAGACUGGAUUUUAAGUAGGCUGUUAUGGUGUACAGCCAUUGACGAAGCUAUCCAUCCAUCCAUUUUCUUUACCGCUUCUCCUCACUAGGGCCGUAAGCUGAUACAAACAAACAACCAUUCGCGCUCACAUUCACACUUACGGGCAAUUUAGUGUCUUCAAUCAACCUACCACGCAUGUUUUUGGGACAUGGGGAAAAAAACGGGGUGCCCGGAGAAAAUUCACCCAGGCACGGGGAGAACAUGCAAACUCCACACAGGCGGGGCCGGGAUUUGAACCCCAGUCCUCAGAACUGUGAGGUAGAUGUCCGAACCAGUCGACCACAGAGUCGUGACGAAGCUAAUGCACUGAAAUAAUAUUUAAAGAUGUUUAAUUUUUUUAAGUGCCAAUCCCGGAGCUGUAAUUCAAGUGCUGCUUGUCCUGUGAUGUCAUAAAAAAGAUUCUGUGAUUGUUCCAAAUUAAUUAGUCUAGUUUGUGCUGAAGGAAAUGCAAAUGAAACUGAGCUGCUGUGCAGUCAUUUUUGUUCAUUGCUGUAACUAAUAAACAGAAUUUGUUGGUGAUUGGA